UUAAUAUUAUUAUUAAUUAUUCUUCAGUAAAAAUAAACUCAGCUGGGUGACAUUUUGCACGACUAUAAAAGAUUUUAAACAACAAUGCCGGGUAAAAGAAGAACCAAAAAGCCUCUCUCUAUAAGACUCAGAUGCAAGCAAAUGCGACUAGCAAGAAAAAAAAAAUUAGAGUUUUUAAAACUUGCUGAUAGUAUUUUCGAAAAUAAAAAUGAAAGUUCAAGUACUCCUGCUCAAAGUAAGUCUUCAAAAUCAAAUCUUGAAGUUCCAAGUUGUGAAGUUGAUGAAAAUGAAGAAGAAAUUGUUUAUGAAGAAAUAGAGGGUUAUUUUCCCGAAGAAAGACUGGAAGAAACAUCCAAUAUCGAUAACAGCGAAGACUUUAUAAAAUUAAAUAAGUCAAAUGAUUUAAAUAAUUGCACUGAAGAAGAACCGGAAGAAAGAUUGAUUAUUAAAGUAGAUCCUGCAGAAUACUUGUUAGAAUUAAAUCAGUCAAAUGGUUUAGAUAAUUGCACUGAAGAAAACUUGAAUAUUAAAAUUGAACCGACAGAAGACUUGUCAGAAUUAAAUCAGUUAAAUAAUUUAGUUUAUUGCACCGAAGAAAAAGAACAAAGUUUUGACAAUAAUUCAAGCAAAAUUCACGCAUUAAAUCUUCCAAAAUUAAAUAAGUUUACUUCCAACUACGAGGUAAAGUACAAAGCUGUUGUUAUUUUAUCUCAUGAUUUAGAUUAUUAUUCGGAGGAAGAAGAAGAAAUACCAGCAUUUAAUUCUGAUGAAAUAGACAAAAAAUUUAAAACAUAAUGACAAAUUUAAACUCAGUAUUAUUAUUAAUAUUUAUUUUUCCGGCGUUUACUUUUUUUUUUCGUGUUACUACACUUUGCGUCAUCGAGAAGCAACGGUAUUUCAAACUCGGGUUCAGACAACAAUACAAUAGACAGUAAAGUUACCAAAAAUACUUCUCAUAACUUUUCCUCUCCUUUUAACUUUACUUUCACUGUAAGAUUUUUGGGGUUUGAUUAUUUUACAUCAUACUUGUGGUGUCACGGAUGGUGUACACCGAUGAACUUAAGCAACUCGAUUACGUUUAAGGAUUACAAGUGGAAAAGUAAAAAAGCCAUGACGUUGUUUGAUUUAUUUUAAAUAAUUUACUUUAAGCACCGGCUACUUUUUUAGUGGGUAAAAAAUCUUCUUCGAGUAGAGGUUACUCCAGGACACUGUUCUAAAAAGAAACUGGUCUUUUGUUUUUAUGUUUAUUGAUCUAUUAGAUGCAUAAGAUUAAGAUAUACAUAAUAAAUAGUUAUAUUUAUGAGAUAAUUCAGUCAAUAAAAUUUAUUAGAUAUUAUAUUGUUGGAUAUAUUAUAUGUUUGUACAAUUAAUUAUUAACAUUUAUAAAGUUUCUUUGGAAGACAAAAACAAUGGUCAGUAAUAUUUGUUAAAUUGUAAUAAAAUCUGAGAAACUUA